GGUGUUUCGCACCGCGGCAUCAUACGGGUCUUCUCUGAUCUCCAACAUUCACAACCGAGCCGCAGUUACUUCACUCGUCCUCGUAAGAUUCUUCUCUCUUAUACGUAAAAGCUCCUCACGUUCUUCGUAUUGCUAAAACCCACACAUCGUUUAUCUUCCCCUCUCCCUCUACCUCUUUCUCCGACCUCCUCACCAUGUCCUCCGAUCCCCAGGCGUACAUCGAGCUGCAGAAGCGCAUCGUGACGGUCAAGUCGAUCUUCACGGAGGAGCUGUGCAGCGCCAUGAAUUUGAUUCAGGUGGAGUGCCCAAUGCUCGCCCGCGUCGGCGACGGCACGCAGGACAACCUUUCCGGUUUUGAGAAGGCUGUCCAGGUGCGCGUGAAGGACAUCCCGGAGGCGAACUAUGAGGUCGUCCACUCCCUCGCCAAGUGGAAGCGCAAGACCCUCGGCGACCACAAGUUUACCGUCGGCACCGGCAUCGUCACGAACAUGCGCGCCCUGCGUGUGGAGGACACGCUGGACAACAUCCACUCCAUCUACGUCGACCAGUGGGACUGGGAGCGGGUCAUGCGGCCGGAGGAACGCACGUUUGACUUCUUGCACGAGGUCGUGAGCACCAUCUACAGUGCCCUCCGCAGGACGGAGCAGCGCGUUUGCGAGGCCUUCCCGGACAUCACCCCUAUCCUGCCGGAGAAUAUCACCUUCCUGCACUCGGAGCAACUGCUGAAGGAGUUCCCCGACCUCGACCCGAAAUCGCGCGAGCGCGAGGCAGUGCGCCGCUUCGGUGCCGUCUUUCUGAUCGGCAUCGGCGGUAAGCUGAGCCACGGCGACCGCCACGACGCCCGCGCGCCGGACUACGACGACUGGUCCUCGCCCUGCUCCGCCGACUCCUCCAAGAUUGGCUUCCCCCCCGCGAGCGGCGAGAAGCCCUCCGUGGAUGCCAUCAUGUCCCUCGAGGGUUUGAAUGGCGACAUCCUCGUCUUCAACCCGGUGCUUCAAGACGUGCUCGAGCUCAGCAGCAUGGGCAUCCGCGUUGACCCCGAAACGCUGCGGCGCCAGCUGGAGAUCACGGGUGACAACGACCGCCUGCGCUACCCGUGGCAUCAGCGCCUGUUGAACGGCGAGCUGCCGCAAACCAUCGGUGGCGGCAUCGGCCAGAGUCGCACGACGAUGUUUAUGCUGCGCAAGACGCACAUUGGCGAGGUCCAGGCGAGCGUGUGGCCUGUGGAGACCGCGAAGCAGUUCCCAGUCCUGUAA